AUGACUGCUACGUUGAAUGGGACGUACAACCCGGCCCCUGAUACACCCUCCCCCGUCUAUCCGGAUCGGUUGAUUCGUCCGCUUCCUAAACGCACUCUUCGUUCCCGUCUAUCAUUAGACGCUGCAGAUUCGAUCCUAUAUCCUCCGGCACCCCCGGCACCCCCGGCAGCCCAGCUCUUCUACGGAUCCUGUGCAGAUCAUGCCGACGUGGUGAACGACUCAAAGGUGUACGUGCAGCAGAACGGAGAUGUCGACGGUGAUGACGCCUCCGAGCGGGAGCAGCAACAACAACAUCACCACCAUCAUCAUCAUAAUCACCCCUACGAAAACGGGGUAGAUUUUGAGAGCGGUGAGGAGGAUGGUCCUGUCGUGGUCCGUCGUAGUGUAUGUUUCCGGGGAGCGUCGCUGUCACCGUCAGCCUCGGGCACCCACCCCGCGGGUUAUCAGAGUGAUGCCGACGGUGCACAGAUGAAGUCACCGUCAGGGCCGGACGGCUACGAUGCCUUUGAGAACACUAACAACAAGAAGAAACGCAAGAUUCCCAUGCCAGGCAACCUCGGCAGCCACCACUCGAACCUCUCUCCGGAGUUCGCUACCAUGGGUCUUAGCGGUUCCGCUCCUGCACCUACACCACAAAAGAAUAAUGCCAACAAUGAUGGGAACAACACUACAGGGACGUAUUAUGGUACUGGAAACCCAGCUUCUCCAGUGGGAAUCGGCAUGUCCGGACCCGGUCGAGGACGACUGGGAGGCCGCAAUCCCACUCGCAACGGUAGUGUCCGAAACCCACUGUCGGUACAUACGGCAAACACGUGGAUCACUUCUCGUGCGCAGACCCGGCGUGACCUUUUCCUCUCAUCGCCCGGAGCUGUAGGCGAUUCCUCCGGAAAGACUGACCAAGGUAUCAUCUCCGCCGCCAUCGCCAAUGCCGCGGCUUUCUCGUCACCUCUCAAAGGCCCGGGAAACAUCAGUCUCCUAGACCAACAAACUAAAACCCCCACGAAAACCCAAUUUACCUUCACCUGCGAGUCCGACUCCUCCAAGGGUAUGGCUAUGCAACCACAACACCCACCAUUUCCUCUUUCACAGCAACAUCGCUCCCCAACAUCUCCCUCGGCCGCCGCUCACGCUCAGCGUGGGUUCGCCACCCAGGGGACCCAAACAAGCCCUAGCAUCGCCCACAUGAACCAACAAAUGCAUCAACAAGGUGCUCCAUCAGCCCCUCCACAGGCCCCCUCACAGGCCAACGAGUCUGGCACUGCCGAAAAGAAGAAGAAAAAGAAGCGCUCACCCCGCAGCAUUUAUGCGUUGGCUGCUCGUCAGCGGAAGAUUCAACAACAGUAUGCCAAUCUACACCACCCGCCGAGCAUGGAAGACAUAUGGAUCUGCGAAUUCUGCGAAUAUGAAAGCAUCUUCGGUCAUCCGCCCGAAGCCUUGAUCCGGCAGUAUGAGAUCAAGGACCGCAAGGAGCGGAAGCGAUUGGCCGAGAAGAGAAGGCUGCUCGAGAAAGCGAAGAUGAAAGGGCGCAAGGGAAAGAAGACCUCCAAGAACGCGACCAAGAAUGCUACUCCCCAGCAGGCCUCUCACCAGCAUGGCUAUGAUCGAGCCUCGGUAGACCAUUCCUCGAUGGACCCCCACAGCUUGCAUGACGACGAUUAUCUUGCCCACGACUAUGAUGAUGAACCUCAUUCUGCUCCCGCUCCGCCUCAUCCUCCUGCUGCUGCUGCUGCUGCUGCUGCUGCUGCUUCAUUCACGCUUCCUCUGCCACCUGGUAUGCCUUCCCACGGGGAACAUCCCAGCCGCAGCAUGAAAGGGGUGAUGGAUGGAGGAACCACUCGACCGGCUUGA